UGCAAGAAUGCGCAUGAGUGAUCGUGACGAACUUUUUUUCUUUGAUAAUAAUUCAUGGCUCUCGAAGUGUGCAUGGUCGUCGAUCAAAAACAAAGCCGCUAGCGUCCCUCUUCCCUUCCUUCUCAUUGUAAGAUUUCUGCCAGUAGGCAACUACCCUUCCAGAAUCAAAAGUAUUCUUUGUAGGAGGUAUUAGUAUGAACAAGAACAAUCGACUAAAGCUGCCCAGCAAAUGGUUUGUUGUAAGUUGCGUAGUGUAGAAGUAGAUAUGGACGCGAGGAGGUGUAGACCUAGACUGCCCACGCACCACCUCCAGUAGAAACUUUAGAAAUUCUUUUUCUUUCUUGAGCAGAACACGCCCACCAUGAAAUUUUCAAUGUCGUUUUCGAAGCCCGGCGCAGGCGCUACGGGUCCGGCGAAGGCGAAGCCUGGCGCCUUCGGGGUCAGUGUCUUGUCGCAGCAGCAAGGUCUGGCGAAAGCGAAGGCGCCCGCCGUGGUUCCCAAGAUGUUUCAGGAGGCGAUCGACGCGCAGGAGAACCUCGAAGCGGAGCGAAUCAAGCAGGGUUACCACCCCACCAUUAUCGCGCACAGUGCGGUAGCCGCCGUUUCGUCCUCCUCAACAUCAACGACGGUAACUACCUCCACGAAAAGUAGCACUGCAGCUGCGCACAUUCCUGGCGUGUCGAAGAACUUGCAGAAGCAGAUGGAUGCCAUGAUUGCGGCGGACGCGAGUGUGUUCCAGUACGACGAACACCUAGACGACGCGGAGAUGGAGAAGAAGUACCACAACAUGCAGACCACGGACGCGCUGGAGCAGGUAAAGCGCACUGGGUUGACGGUCAUGAAUAAGAAGUACCACGAGGAGCUCGCGCAAAAGAAGAGCCAGUACGUGGAGGGGAUGCGCGAGACGAAGGACCGGCGCGACGUCGAAAAGGCCAUUUUGGAGCAGCGGGCAAUCAACCGCACCCUGGACGCGGAGGAAAAGAAGCCCGAGGCGUUCGUCACCGGCGCCUACGCACGGGAACUCGAGAAGCGGAAAAAGUUUGAAGCACAACUCCUCGAACAGGACCAAGCCGACGAGGCCGCUUUUGCGAAAAACGCAAAGGCCGCGUGGGGAUUCUCCGGUGAGUUGCACCAACGGCUGCUCAACGAGCGAAGAGGCGAGGGUGCGGGAGGUGCUGAGGAGCAGACCAAGAAAGCCUUUGGAGAUCAGAAAACAACGGCACCGGGGGAAGAACCUGCUAAACCACCAGCGGCCGGCGUGGCGGUAGGCCCCGCGCGUCCGCCUGGUAUGGCCGCGGCGCCAGCGAAAGCAGCAGACAAUAUGAGCGCUUUAGGGCCGCAAAGGCCUCCGGGAUUGACAGCCGGACCGCAGAAGGCGACAGACAAAAUGUCAACUAUGGGCGCAGCGAAGCCAGACGAUCCAGCAGCGGAAACGACCACUUCGACCACGAAGCGCGACGCUGAAAAGGAUGUUGAAGGCAGCGGGGACACGGCUAAACGCCCCAAGCUCGAGAUGCAGAGUGCAGAAGCAAGUCUCGCACAGAAACAGCAGGAAGCCGAGGAAAAGCGCGUGCGCGCAGAGGCGGCCGCGGCGGUGGAAAAGGAGAAAGAAGCCGAGCGCCAGGCACAGCAGCAAGCUGAAAAGGUCGAGCGAAACCAGCGGGCACUCAGUGCAAAGGAGCGCUACUUGGCGCGCAAGAACAAACAGUAGUUGUGUGUGUGAAGUGACUUUUCAGUGUCCUCACAUAUGUACACAGUAUGCGAAAUUUCUAUAUACUAUCAAGCGACUUUGAACGUACUACAGAUUUUACACGGGGCUGAUCGCAA